AUGCCUCCGACGCCAUUUCGACCCCUUCUCCAGCGACGUUCUGAAGCCUCAGGAAAGACAGCUUCCAUAGUUUUUGCUGUCAUUGCUCUGCUUGUUGUCCUCGUCUGCCUCGUUUGGGGCUUUGUCCUACCCAGGUGGAGAAAGAAAACCGACGUCAGCUCACUGCGCAGAGGAGGAGGAAUAGUCUCAUCAGGUAGUCAUGGCGAUCAUCACUUUCCCAGCCAUCCUGCUGUACUUCGAGGCUUUCGUAGCAAGAAAGGACCAGCUCUCGACCGAUACAACCCCAGAACAGAGUCACCAUUCCCAUCACAUGGGCCUUUGCCUGGGAGCGCGGCACCUAUACCCUUUACCACCACAGGCCCUUUAUCAAAUUCAGAGUACAGGCUUGGCAGUAGCCAUGGCCUCUUCUCACCUACCAAAGAUUGCCCUCAGCGGCGUCUGGGUACCACGAUCUCGCAAAAGGAGACCUUGGGAUCGCAAGGGAAAGCCAAGAGCAUGAAGGAGGUUGAGAUGACUGCUUAUCAACACAAUCAAGACUAUGUUCUUCCUGUGCCUGAACCACUUGUGUUGAAACCCAGACCUGCAGGAAGACCGCCACCACUCACAAGACAACUGGAGAGGUUCCCCAUGCCGAUUGGAACGCUUAAGCGAAAAGACUAUCUGCUACACCCAUCAAAAAUAUUCGAGGGCAUGGAAUUACGAGCUUCUCAGUCAACAGUUGACACAGUUGGUACACCUUGCCCUCCUCAAUAUCAAGCCAGACGCUUGAACCUAUCAAGGGACCACCGUGCUGGCACUGGCCACCGACACCGCGAUGACAAUAUUGAUUGUGUCGAGCCAGGCAGGGUUGCGGGUGAGGUCAUUUUGGACGAUUUGUCAGAGAGAACGGUUCGGUUAAGAAGUCGAAGCCUAGAAAAGAAACCGACUGCGGCUAGCAGUAAAGAAAGAUCCACAUUGGAGAGGGCAGGAACAGUAACAUGGCCCAGAACUCCUGUCGCGGAGAUGGGCGAACGCUUCAAUGAAAAUCCCAAGGCCGCCACGAAUGGGACAAUUUCCAUGAGAGACGAAUGUACCCCUUCUGUGAAUCCAUUCGAUACACCUGGCGAUUCAUCCACUCCACCAACAUCACCGCGUUAUCUGGACAUGAGCAGUGCCCCGUCUCGAAGUCAUUUUGCAGGUCGCCAGCCUGAUUCAGAAAACCAAGCUACCACGACGCAGCACCUCGGCUUUGCACAUAUUCCAGGCUCGGCUCCUGGUAGUCACACGGUAGUGCCGCUUCCGCCAACGAGUGCCACCAAACGCUUGAAACCAGGCCGUCUCAAUUUGACUCUGUUCUCGAAUGUCCAGAGUUGCGAACGACAUACAAAAGUUCAUUCUUUGUCUUCGUUCUCAGCAAUGCUCAGACCCAUGAUGGUUCCGAGAAGCCAUCCAAGUCAGAAAGCAAGCAGUAUAUAUAGUCGGGACACCAAGGGUGUAAGUUUCCUCGGAAGCCCG